CUGCCAGGUAUUCGUCAAAUUGGUCCACACAACGUCACUUCUCCUCCUCGGUUCAGGCGGGCUGGUUGAAAGCAAAAUAAAAACGCUUCACUUGGUUGUUGUGUAACUAAUAUUAAUUAGAUAGCAACAUUUAACGUAUUAGUUAGCUAUAGUAGACACUCGGUGAAUGAUCGGACGCAUGUUAUCAUUGGAAACUAUUAAAGCUAGGUUAGCUUCUCCAGCUAACAGACGUUAGCUUCUCCAGCUAACAGACGUUAGCUUCUCCAGCUAACAAACGUUAGCUUCUCCAGCUAACAAACAUUAGCUUCUCCAGCUAACAGAAGCUCUCAACUUUACAAGCAAUGGACCGACCACCAAGGAAGACAAAGGUUGUGAAUUACUCUGAAGAGAAGGACUGUGGUGACGAUGAGGAUUUUGCUGAUGCUCCACCCAGAAAAAAGGCCAGGGAGGAAGUGAAACAGGAUUACAAGAAAUCAUCGAGCAAGUCCUCGAGUCAGGAGUCCAACUCGCCAUCCACACUGAACCAGAAGAGCAGAAGCCCAUUAGAUGUGAAGUUGCACGAAAGAGAUCUAGAAGCAGCCAUUACGUUAUCCUCGCUCAACAAUGCAGAUGGGAUAAAGAACCAGUCGCCCACCAGUAAAGGAGAUGUCAAGGUUCAAGUUCCAGUAGAUGAAAACACAGAUCCGACCUCUUUGCGCUCGUCCAACUGCUGCGUCGUUUUGGACCUGGAUGAUAUCACAUCAGACAAAGAGUCAUCAGCAUUUUGCAGACGGAGAAACACCGAGAAGAAAAAGCUUACGGAUGAAGAUGAAGACUAUAAACCCAAACUGACACCAGAUUCGGAAAGUGAUGAAGAUUUCAGUGAACCAGCUGAGAGCGAAGACGAGGAAUUCACAGUGAAGAAAACCAGCAAAACAAAAAAGGAGAAAGUUACCAAGAACGAGAAAACCAAACAACCUCCUGCCUCUAAAAAAGAAAAGCAACCAUUAAAACCGUCGAAGUCUAAAUCGCAGGCAGCAGCAGCUUCCCAACCAGUGAGAAGUCCUCCAGCAGCCAGAGUCGCACCUAAAGCACCAGCGUCAUCGUCCACAGGUUCCUCAUCGAAACCUGCAUUAUCUCUGAGCCCAGUAGGGGGCAGAAUACCAAAGUGGAACCCACCAGCUCAAGUUGGUAGAAGUCCCACGUCAUCCGGUCCAGCAGCGAAGUCUCCAGGUCAGGGUCUACGGCUCGGACUGUCCCGGCUUGUUCGAGUCAAACCUCUUCACCCCAGCCUCACGAGUCACUGACCCGUCUGUGGAUAACCCUGGAUGUGUCACUUUGCGUUGUCCUUUUUAGCUUUAUUUUAAAAAGAUGCUUCUAAAUAUUCAUUUCUAUUUUCAAGACUAUACAUAUAAAGUACAUUUCAGGACAUAUUUUCCCAUGAUGCUCUCUGCUUUGGGCAAAUAUGUUUAAAUCAUCCCUUUUUUUUUAAGUCUCAAAAGCUUCUCCCAUUUUUCUAUUGUGUGCGAACACUGUAUAUUGUGUACAUAUAAAAAUAAAGUUGUUUAAAGUUU